CGGGCGCAGGCGCAGAUAGCACAGGCCCGGGCCUCCCUUCGCUGGUCCAGCGCAGCCCGUCACGCUCCGGCCUCGCCUGCUCAUGGAGGGGCGCGCGAGCCCCCCGGCCGAGGCCCGCGCCCUCCCCGCGGCGCCCGUGCUGUUCCGCGGCCCCGUGGAGCCGCUCGUCUUCCUCGCCAACUUUGCCCUCGUCCUGCAGGGCCCGCUCACCACGCAGUACUUGUGGCACCGCUUCAGCACCGACCUGGGGUACAACGGCACACGCGAUCGGGGGGACUGUGGCAACCACACCGCCAACCCCAUCCAGCAGGAAGUGGAGACUCUCACUUCCCACUGGACCCUCUACAUGAACGUGGCCGGCUUCCUGGUGGAUCUCUUCUCGUCCACCCUGCUGGGAGCCUGGAGUGACCGCGUGGGCCGCCGCCCCGUGCUGGUGCUCACCUCCCUCGGCCUGCUGCUGCAGACCGUGGUGUCUGUGUUUGUGGUACAGCUGCAGCUCCACGUUGGUUACUUCGUGCUGGGCCGCAUCCUUUGUGGCCUUCUCGGCGACUUCAAUGGGCUCCUGGCUGCUAGCUUUGCCUCUGUGGCAGAUGUUAGCUCUACCCGAAACCGGACCAUCCGAAUAGCCCUCCUGGAAGCCUGCAUUGGAGUGGCCGGCAUGCUGGCGAGCCUCCUCGGAGGCCACUGGCUCCGGGCCCAGGGUUACGCCAACCCCUUCUGGCUGGCUUUGGCCUUGUUGAUAGUCAUGAGUCUCUACGCAGCAUUCUGCUUUGGUGAGACUGUGAAGGAGCCAAGGGCCACCCAACUCUUCACCCUCCGCCACCAUCGAUCCAUCUUCCAGCUGUAUGUGGAUCCAGCCCCCAAGAAGUCCAGGAAGCAUAUAGCCCUGUACUCACUGGCCAUCUUCGUGGUGAUCACUGUGCACUUUGGGGCCCAGGACAUCCUGACCCUCUAUGAGCUGAGCACGCCCCUCUGCUGGGACUCCAAGCUGAUCGGCUAUGGUUCUGCAGCCCAGCAGCUCCCCUACCUCACCAGCCUGCUGGGCCUGCGGCUUCUGCAGUAUUGCCUGGCCGACGCCUGGGUGGCUGAGAUUGGCCUGGCCUUCAACAUCCUGGGGAUGGUUGUCUUUGCGUUUGCUACCAUCACACCCCUCAUGUUCACAGGGUACGGCUUGCUCUUCCUGUCAUUAGUCAUCACUCCUGUCAUCCGGGCCAAGCUCUCCAAGUUGGUGGGCCACUCCGAGCAGGGUGCUCUCUUUUCUGCUGUGGCCUGUGUGAAUAGCUUGGCUAUGCUGACGGCCUCCGGCAUCUUCAACUCGCUCUACCCAGCCACUCUGAACUUCAUGAAGGGAUUCCCCUUCCUCCUGGGAGCUGGCCUUCUCUUCAUCCCAGCCAUUCUGAUUGGGAUACUGGAAAGGAUUAAUCCGCACCCUGAAUUCCAGCAGUUUCCCCAGAGCCCCUGAUGUGCUUGGGCCAGAGGAGUGGAGCGAGCGUGGCCUGAUUGCGAGUCCAUCCUGGGAUCCCAGCCCCCCUCCCACCCAGCACCUGCACCCUCCCCUUGAAGGACAGCAGCAGGGACCAUCUGGGACAGGGGUCUGUUCACCCUUCCACCAUCCAUCACCUUUAAACCGUCUGAGAAAGGCGGUCUUGUUGGAGGUGACACUUCAGGGCCCGUGAGGGCUGAAGCAUGAGGGCUGGCACCUGUCCAGCCCACACUGCAAAGUGCACGACACUAGGUUCCCCUCUCAUGACUGGCAAUUCUGCUGUGUGGUUAGUGCUGGCCUGGGGGAUGGAAAGCUGUGGGAGGGACCUGGCGCCCCCUGUAGGGAGAAUGCUGCUGUCACUGUGAUUGGAAAUUAAUCCCGAUUAUGGCCCGCCCACACCUGGGUUUAAUGGUGCCCGUCAUCACAAUAAAUCAGUUGAGCCAAGCUGAAAA